UGGGAGGGUACAAUUCUCUAUUCCUCCCCCCGGCAAGUUGCGGGGUGAGGUGGGGGGCUGUGGAUGUGGAGCUUGGUCGCGGUUGCAGAUUUUAGGAGGCGCGUUCGUUUGGGGCACCGUCUGAGGAAGGCCGAGGGUUGAGACGGCUUCUUUGGGGGUGCUGGGGAGCGAGCCCUAGUAUGGUUCUUUUGCCGGGAGAAGUAGCAAGGCGUAUGCGGGAGCGUUGACCAGGGUAGAACGGGCGGAGGAGGGUGGGCGAGUGAGACUUGGCCUCGUUGAGACUAAAGCCCAUUCUGGCGAACAUAAGGCCACUGGGCAGCAGCUAGGCCCCCAUUGGGGCAGUUUCAGUUGGCAGUUUCAGUUCUGGGUUUGAGAACUUCAAAGAAUUCCUGGUUGGGAAGAGGUGCUGUUAACGCGCCCUUCCGCGCCCACCUCCUCCUCCAUGCUCCAUCCUCCCAGCCACCCAUCCCUCUUUGCAAGAACGACGAAAAGGAAUGCCUUUAACUCCCAUGGCCUCAAGAGUCCGAGGAAAUCUUUCCCUUAACCAUAAAAAUCUCCCCCCCUGGUGCCACCUGGGAUCCUUGUCUCAAAGCCUAUCCUCUGAAAUCUUCCCCCUUGCCCUUGAGCCUGGCUCCCCGAAAGCCCGGCCAGGAGUUCCCAGCCCUCUGCUUCCUCCGCCCGCCUCUUCCCUGCGCCCAUGACAACCUCGGCUCCCAGCCCCAGCUCCCCUCUGCGCUCAGAGGAUCUCCUAAGUGAUUCCUCAGACCCCCCGGUGCUGAACCCCGUGUCCUCUGAGGUGACGGCCCAGCUCUAUGCUUCUUUGCGCCACAGUCGGCAGGCGGAGGCCACAGCUCGAGCGCAGCUGUACCUACCCCCCACCUCCCCGCCUCCUCCCGGGGUGCUGGGGGGCUUGCCAGAGCUGAGCCGAAGCUUGUCGGGACUGGAGAACAACUUGAAGAAAAAGGAUGGUUCCAAGCAUAUCUUUGAGAUGGAAAGCGUCCGUGGCCAACUCCAGACCAUGCUCCAAACCUCGCGUGAUGCGGCCUAUCGGGACUCUCUUAUCCCAGGUAUUGAGAGACGGGAAGAGGACUCCUUUGACAGUGACAGCACAGCUACUUUGCUCAACACCCGGCCUCUGCAAGACUUAUCCCCAUCUAGCUCCGCCCAAGCCCUGGAGGAGCUGUUUCCCCGCUACACCAGCCUUCGGCCAGGGCCCCCACUCAAUCCCCCGGAUUUUCAGGGCCUCCGAGAUGCACUGGAGUCAGAGCAUACCCGCCGCAAGCACUGCGAGCGCCACAUUCAGAGCCUGCAGACGCGCGUGCUAGAGCUACAACAGCAGUUAGCUGUAGCCGUGGCUGCUGACCGCAAGAAGGACAUCAUGAUUGAACAGCUGGAUAAGACCCUGGCCCGUGUGGUGGAGGGCUGGAACCGGCACGAAGCUGAGCGGACAGAAGUGCUUCGGGGUCUUCAGGAGGAACGCCAGGCAGCCGAACUCAACAGGAGCAAGCAGCAGGAGACAGUAACCCGCCUUGAGCAAAGCCUCUCUGAGACCAUGGAGGCCCUGAGUCGGGAGCAGGAAGGCGCCAGACUGCAGCAACGGGAAAGAGAGACGCUGGAAGAGGAAAGGCAAGCCCUGACUUUGAGCUUGGAGCUAGAGCAGCAGCGCUGCCAGGCCCUACAGAAAGAGCGGGAUGAGGCGAGGGCUGGGCAGCUCAGCGAACACCGGCAAUUGGAGCUGCUUCAGACUGCCUUAGAAGAUGAGCGCCAAAGGUGGGCCCAGCAAGAACACCAGCUGAAAGAACACUACCAGGCCCUGCAGGAGGAGAGACAGGCUCAGUUGGAUAGGGAGAAGGGGAACACCCAGAGGGAAGGCCAGGUGGCCCGAGAGGCCCAGCAGCAGUUGGCACUGGUACAGUCUGAGAUGCGGCGCUUGGAAGGAGAGCUGGACACGGCUCGGCGAGAGCGAGAUGCCCUGCAGCUGGAAAUGAGCUUAGUGCAGGCUCGGUAUGAAAGCCAGAGGAUCCAGAUGGAAUCCGAGCUGGCGGUGCAGCUGGAGCAGCGGGUGACCGAGCGGCUGGCCCAGGCUCAGGAGAGCAGCCUCCGGCAAGCAGCUUCCCUACGGGAACACCACAGGAAGCAGCUGCAGGAGCUAAAUGGGCAGCACCAGCAGGAACUGGCCUGUCAGUUGACUCAGUUCAAGGUGGAAGCGGCAGAGCGAGAGGAACGGCAGCAGCAAGUGGCUCAGGACUAUGAGCUCAGACUGGCCCGGGAGCAAGCCCGAGUGCGAGACCUGCAGAGUGAGAACCAACAGCUAGAGGAACAGCGGGUGGAGCUGAUAGAACGACUCCAAGCCAUGCUACAAGCCCAUUGGGAUGAGGCCAGUCAGCUGCUUAGCACCACUCACCCGUCUCCCAAUGCACCGGUGCCUACCACCAGGCCCUCCAGUCCUGGGCCUCAGGAGCCAGAGAAGGAGGAGAGGCGGCUCUGGACUGUGCCUCCGGUGGCCGUGGCCUUGAAGCCUGUGCUGCAGCAGGGUCGGGAGAUCAGGGAUGAGCUACCUGGAGUGCCGCCCGUCCUCUCUAGUCCUUCCCCAGAUCUUAGCCUCCUGCUGGGUCCCAGUUUCCAAAGUCAGCAUUCCUUCCGGCCUCUGGAACCAAAGCCAGAUCUUACUCCACCCACAGGUGGGGCCUUUGAUCCUGAUCACAGGGCAGAGCAUCCGUUUCCUGAAGAAGAUUCUAGAAUCGAUGAGGAUGGCUUCCUAAAGCAAGGGCUGCCACCUCCUCAGCUACAUGGUCUUAAGCACUUUUUGCAGCAGCUGCUGGAGGCCGUCCCCCAGAACAGUGUGAACGCCUCUGUGGACCUGUUACCCCCUAGGUCCGGUCCUCUGACGGUUCCGUCUUGGGAGGAAGCCUCUCAGGUGCCACGCCUUCCACCUCCUGUCCACAAAACUAAAGUUCCCUUAACCAUGGCGUCUAGUCUCUUCCGGGUACCAGAGCUUCCUUCAACCCAUUCACAGGGCAGUGUUCCCACUGGUGGCUCCCCGGAAAGAGGGGGUGACGGGCUACCGACCCCGAGGCAGCUGAUGGAAAUGUCUCAACUGUUGCGACUGUACCAGACUCGGGGCUGGGGGACCCUGCCUGCUGAAGAUCUGCUGCUCUACCUGAAGAGGCUGGAACCCAGCGGGGCUGAUGGCCAAGGAGAUAAUGUCCCCCGAAGGAACACCGACUCCCGCUUGGGUGAGAUCCCCCGGAAAGAGAUUCCCCCCCAGGCUGUCCCUCGUCGCCCUCCCACAGUCCCUAAGACUGACAAACCUCCAGGAAGGAAGAGAAGCGGGCAUCCUGCUCCCGGUAGCGUGAGGAGUCGAGGCGGGGUCUGGCGAUAGCUCUCUUCUUUGUUGUAUUAUGAGUUCAGCAAAUGUUUGCUAGUCUAUAGUAGAGUCUCUGACUCAUGGGAAUUUGGAAAAAGGAAACAACUUUGUAAAGAAAAGUGGAAACUCCUUUUGUAGGCAAGUACUUUGUAAAGAACCUUUCAUUCUGUUUGUGUGUGUGUUUUUAAGUGUUUUAUUCUGUGGCCAGAGACUUGCCUGGCGUCUGAUAGACUGUAGACCUUUGAAGGAGCUAAGGGUGACUGUGUAAAGGGUAAUAUCUGGUUGAUGUGAAAUGAUGGAAGAUAUUUAUUUUCUCGUGUACAUUUCUGUAUUUUCUGAAUUUUCUAAAGUGGCUUUAAUAAUCAGAAAAAAAGGAACUUUUAAUAAAGUGCUAUG